AUGAGAGCUUUGAGUUCACACUCAGCGAUCUCAGCGCCAAGAAGGUGUGCACGCUUUUUUGUCCUCUUGGUCCUACCAUGCGGCUUCUUGCUGCCGUGCUUUGCUGGCUUCUCUCUAUCGCUCCAUUUGGAGCCAUGGAGAAUGCAGCAGAUCGCCCAGGUGGAGAUGAGCGCUUCUCGCAGAGAUGUGAUGAUUGGAGCUGCAUUGUCGCAAGCUGAGUUGCAGCAGGUGAAGCCCAUUUGUGAAGUUCAAUUGCAUCGCGUGAAGCCUGUUCAAGGACAAGUUGGGGGCCAAUUCGCCAGCAUCAGUGCCUUGCUCGGAGGAAAAUCGGUUGAGCUCAUGCUUGAUACUGGUCUUUCUGAAGGGAUGGUGACUCCUUCUCUGGCCAAGCAGUUGAAGCUUCCGUCCGUGGGGAGCGCAGAAGGUGCUACAGCAACUGGUGGAGCUACUGUGGAGCUCGUAGAGCUUCGAGAUUUGAUAUUGGAAUGCGGUGAGUUGUUGGCGCCUGUUACAGCAGCGGUGGCCAGCUUUCCGGAAGAGAACAUCGAUGAGAAUUGGUCCUUGACAGGGAUGCUGGGAUAUCAAGUUUUGCAAAACUACGAUGCAGACAUUGACUUUCCAAGAGGCAAGCUGCGUUUAUGGCGUCCAGGUGAAGGAGCAGCUGUGGCUCGACAGGCAGGUCUGGCAGAUGUGGAGGCCGUGGUUUUAUCUGACUUCGCGAUCCUCGGGGUGCGUGUUCUGCAGCCCGGAGGCAGAGCAGCCGCAGCGUUGGGCAUAGUGGACACCGGUGCCGGCUUCUCUGCCAUCACUCCGUCCGCAGCGGAGCUGCUGAAGGCUCAAGCAGGAAGGAAGGCGGUGACCAUCGUUGGUGUGGAUGGAAAGCCAGUCCAAAUGCCUCUGAGCUCUGAAGUAACUUUGCGUUUGGGAGGCAGAGCUUUGACAGAUGGUGGAUGGGAAACUGCCGUAUCCUUGAAGACUACCAGAGUUGCUCUUGGGGAUCUGCCUGCGCUUCAGACUUUUGCCAAUGGCAAGCCAGCUGUCCUUCUUGGAUUGGACGUCCUUGGAGGUCGUCGUUUGGUUUUUGCCGCCGGCAGUGGGCCAAGGCGUCAUUUGUUCAUUGGCCCCGAGGAUCGAUAA